UUUGUGCGCAGGCGCCCCAGCGGGGUCCCGGAGGAGGACGCGCGCAGUGCCCUGGUGCCCUAUCUCCUCAAGCACCGCUCCUUCCUGCUCAGAGCCCUGAACGACAAGGAGGAGGAGAACAAGAAGGUGGCGGAGUCGGUGCUUGCGGGAAGGGGCAGGAUCUCGGAGCUGCAGCAGCAGAUCCAGGCUCACAAACGGGCCUGGGAGGCACUUAGUAAAGAGCAACAAGAGCUCGUCCUGACCUUCCGGGAGCCCCAGUGA